GUAGUAAUCACAACCCUGAUUAUUACAGUCUCAAAUUCAUUUUAUUUUUGAGUGAAAAGUCUAAAAAUAAAUUUGUUGCAUUUAUCCACAGAAAACUAAUAACAUGAAAAUUUGGUGAAGACCUUGUUAAUUAAAGAUAUAUUUGUUUGAAAUCAUUAGAGAAUUGUUCAAAAUUCAAUAAUUCAAUGUCAUCAAUCUUAAGAUAUUUGCAACGGGCAAAAUUAACUAAUAUUCCAAAUCCCAGAAUAUCCCUUAUUUUACCUGGUAUCUUGAAAUGUAGAAAUAUUUUUAAUUCAAAUUAUUAUCAACAACACCAACAACGUACUUACAAGAAUUUUGGACACAAACCAACGCCUGUACCUCGCGUUACAAAAUGGUACCACUUAUUUACUGGAGGAAUCAUCUUUCUAUGCUGCUUGAAUUAUCGACUACUCUUUGAUCUGGACAAACGUGAACUUUUUCCGACUCCAAAAGUAGAUGCUGAAGCAAAAAUUAAAACUAAUGAAAAGACUUUUGAGCCUAAAACGGAAGAAACAUUAAAAGAAAAAUCAGAUGAAGAUGAUGAUGAGAGCAGUGAGUCAGACGAAGAAGACAGCGAAGAGAAAAAGAAAAGGCGUAAGGAAAAAAUUGGAUUUCGGGAUAGAAAGAUUAUUGAAUAUGAAAAUCGAAUAAGACAAUAUUCAACUCCUGACAAAGUUUUCCGAUAUUUCGCAACAAUUCAAGUUCCCGUUGUACAUCAUGGAGGUGAAAGUUAUGAAGUUUUUAUGACACCUACUGACUUUUUGACUAGUUUAACUCCUGGGAUCAAACAAAUUGAGGGCUUGGGACUCGAUCAGUAUAAAAAAUAUGACCCUAAGAGUGUUACCCAGCGACUGGAUUUAAAGCUUGAAGAAGAUAGCAUUUUUUACAAACUUGGAAGCUAUGGGCUAAUAUCUUUUUCGGAUUACAUAUUUUUACUAACAGUUUUAUCGACUUCUCGACGACAUUUUGAAAUUGCAUUUAAAAUGUUUGAUUUAAAUGGAGACGGCGAUGUUGACAGUAGUGAAUUUGAAGAAGUGGCCAACUUAAUCCGUCAACAAACUUCUAUAGGCUCAAGACAUCGAGAUCAUGCAAAUACUGGAAACACUUUUAAAGGAGUCAACUCUGCUCUUAGCUGUUACUUUUUCGGACAAAAGUUAGACCAAAAGUUGACAAUUGAAAAAUUUCUUGAGUUUCAACAACAACUACAAAGAGAAAUUUUGACUCUUGAAUUUUUAAGAAAAAAUCCGGAAAAUGGACACAUUUCAGAAGCAGACUUCACCGAAUUGCUACUUGCUUAUGCUGGCUAUCCUCAAAAAAAGAAGAUAAAAAAAAUUAAACGAGUCAAAAAAAGAUUUAGAGAUCAUGGUAAAGGUGUUUCCAAAGAGGAUUAUCUAAGCUUUUUUCACUUUUUGAAUAACAUAAAUGAUGUUGACACCGCACUUACUUUCUAUCACAUUGCAGGUGCUAGCAUUGAUCAAUUAACGCUUAAACACGUAGCCAAAACUGUUGCAUUUGUUGAUUUAUCCGAUCAUAUUAUAGACGUUGUAUUCACAAUAUUCGACGAAAACAUGGAUGGACAACUGAGUAAUAGAGAGUUUGUUGCUGUAAUGAAGAAUCGAUUAAUGAGAGGCUUAGAACGUCCGAAAGACACUGGCUUUGUUAAAUUUAUGCAUUCUAUCUUAAAAUGCGCGAAGGAAACAAAACCAGUUUUACUUGACGUUCUUUAAUUUUUAUGCGUUAAAAGUGCUUAAAGCUUAAAAGCAAAAAAAAUUAUUUUAAAAAAAUAGUUAUCAUUCAUAAAUUUUUAUCAAGUAAAUAUGCAUUUUGAAACAUUUAUUUAUUAAAGUUAAACUUUUUGUUAAAAAUGUAUUGAAAAUUCCUUAAAUAAAAAUUUUAAUCAAAAACUUG